UGCGCGUGCGCCGCAGAGCCCUGAGGGCUGUGCUGCCACAUCCGGUGUCUGGCGGCCUGGGGAUGUUUUGUUUUCUUGGCUGAAACUAGCAGAACCAGAGGCGGCCCGGCGCGGCGCGAUACCAGGCUGCAGACCGACUGCACGGGCCGGGGCGGGCUGACUUGGAAUAAUGUCUGGAUUUCUAGAAGGCCUGAGAUGCUCAGAAUGCAUUGAUUGGGGGGAAAAACGCAAUACCAUUGCUUCCAUCACUGCUGGUGUUCUAUUUUUUACAGGCUGGUGGAUUAUCAUAGAUGCAGCUGUUAUUUAUCCCUCUAUGGAUGAGUUCAACCACUCAUACCAUGCCUGUGGUGUUAUAGCAACAAUUGCCUUCCUAAUGAUCAAUGCAGUAUCAAAUGGACAAGUCCGAGGUGAUAGUUACAGUGAAGGCUGCCUGGGCCAAACAGGUGCUCGCAUUUGGCUGUUCAUUGGUUUCAUGUUGGCCUUUGGAUCUCUGAUUGCAUCUAUGUGGAUUCUCUUUGGAGGUUAUGUUGUUAAAGAAAAACCCACAGUCUACCCUGGAAUUGCUGUGUUUUUCCAGAAUGCCUUCAUCUUUUUUGGAGGACUGGUUUUUAAGUUUGGCCGCACUGAAGACUUAUGGCAAUGAAAACAUCUGAUUUCCUACAGAACAGCAGCCUUGCAUGGGUUUUUUACUGCUCACUCCCAAUCUUUUGUAAUGUCAUUUUCUAAACUUAUUUCUGGGUGUAGUCUCAGCUUAAAGUUGUGUAAUACUAAAAUCAUGAGAACUCUUUAAACAACAAAAAAACUAUUGUGGUAUGCACUUGAUUAACUUACAAAAUGUUAAAGGAAACUACUUCACAUGAUUUAUUUUUUAUCAAGUUUUAUCAUGGUAUAAUUUGUAAAAAUAAAAAUUACAAAAUAAAUUUAUGGAUACAUCUAUUAAAGUAUUUGUCAUAUCUGAGAUCCAAAACUGCAACCAAAGUGCCCUGAAGAUUUAAUAUAUGUAUUUACAUGUGGCAUCUUUUGGGUCAAACGCUAAAUUAAAUUAAAAACUAUUCAGUGGUCAGAAUUAUUUCUCAUUAUAUUUUGUGUUUGGCUUUUAUGAGUUUGCCAAAAAUUCUGUAAACAUUUCAUUGUAAAUAGCUAUUGAGGAUUUCCCAAAAGGGGAGUGAGCAUGUUGGAAGAGAGAAGCCCCGUGAUCUAGCCCCCAGGCUCCUCACGUCCCUUCUGUGGGGAUCUCUCCCACUGUGACCCUGAUUCUCUGGGUGUGACUGCCGGGACACUUGGUCCUGGUGGGAUGCUGACAGUCACGUCUACCACUGAAAGAAAGGAAAAGAAUAGGGACUUGGCAUUCCAGUCCAUUACUCUGGUGACAAUUUUUUUUUUUUUUUUUUUUGAUCUUAUAAUAGAUUGGAUUCCAUGUUUCAUUUUAUCUCUUUUUAGAAGACCGAACAAUAGAUUGGAUUCCAUGUUUCAUUUUAUCUCUUUUUAGAAGACCGAACCACUAAGCUCAUGAUAGACCAGCAAGGUCAAUUAUAAUUACAAACAUUAACUACUGGUAAUUCUCAUGGUCUGUUGUUCUCAGCAACUCUGUUAUCUACCACCCAGGCUCCCCAACUUGGCAAAAUGGGAAUUUUUUUUUUUUUUAAUGAACUUGCUAACUGUGGGAUAAAUGUUCUUCAUUUAUGUUUAUGAAGUGAUUCCUUUCCUAAAUGUUUCUACAGUUACUCCUUCAUUAAACACAAAAUCUCUCUUAGGUGAUUUAAAUUUGUAGUACUCUCUUCCGUGUCAGCCAUCAUUAUCCACCAAUAAGAACUAUCUUUGAUGGACCUUUUGAAUAUUGUCUGGUCAUCAGGACGCUACUCAAAGAAGUGACUGUUUUGCUGUCCUUCCACAGCAUAUCACUCCUGGUGAAUUUUUAGAUCCACAGAUGUGAAAACUGGAGGUGAUCUUAGAGGUUGAGUCUCUUUUCACAGAUGAGGAAUCCCAGACCACAGAAAUUUAAAUUAUUUUCUCAGGGCCAAAGAUCUAGAUAUUUAAUACAAAAGCAGUGUAUCUCCUAUUCCACAAUUGACCAUGACAUCUUCCCCCACUCCUAGUGCAAUUCAGAAAGUGCUCAGAGAAUGCAAACUGCCUUGUAAAACUGCUAGAAUAAAAGCAUAAUGUCUGCAAGGGCUAAAUAUAAGCAAGUUCUUAAUUUCUAUUUUGUAUUACCUGCUCUGCUGAUGUAGACAAGAGUUAAUUGGGUAGCACACUUUAUUAAGCAUGAAAAAGAAACUAAAGAAUUGUAAAUAAAAUUGAACCAAACCUUAGUUAUCGGUCUGCACCCAAGAAAAUAUUAAUUGCACCAUCUUUAAUGAAAACAAACAUCUAUUUAAGACUAAUAAAUUACCACUUAAAAAAACAA